UUACGAGAUCUUAAAUUUCGCAAUAUCUUAUACCGUUAUUGUUUAAAGAUUGUAAAAUUUUAUAAAAUAACAGUGUAUUUUGCGGAUAAAAUAUGUUGUUUAUAUUUAUAACAUGUGAAUAAUUGAUAUAGUUAAUAAAUAGUGGUAAAAGUACAAAUAAUGUUAGAUUCAGUGAUGAGUGAUGUGACCAUCAUAUUAAAUAAUUAUAAAAUAAUGUAACUAUUGGAGUGUGAAAAAUAAUUAUGUGGCAGUUCAUCUUAUAUGCUGCCCUUGCAAUCUCCGUCUCCGGUCACGGCAGGGUCCUGCAGCCAGCUGGCCGGGCUUCCAUGUGGAGAAUGGGCUUCAACAGCCGCCAUAAUUAUGACGAUGACGGACUUAACUGUGGCGGCUUCUAUCGACAAUACGGCACUAAUAAGGGAAAAUGCGGCAUUUGUGGAGACGCCUACAACCUAGCAAGGCCAAGACCUCAUGAACUCGGCGGAGAAUACGGUCGAGGCACAAUCGUAGAUACCUACGAAUCUGGACAGAUUAUAGAAGUAACUGUAGAAAUCACAGCCUACCACAAAGGAUAUUGGUACUUCAAAAUAUGUCCACAGCCUGAAAAAGAGGCUUACCAGAAAUGUUUCGAUCAAUAUCCCCUGGAAUUAGAAGACGGAGGCGAGCUGUACUUCCCACCAAAAGGCGGGAAAUUUACUCUUAAAUAUCGCCUCCCCAAAGGAUUGUCUUGCAAGCAUUGCAUCAUGCAAUGGAGAUAUGUAGCCGGCAAUAAUUGGGGAUUUUGCAAAAACGGAACACAGGGCUUGGGGUGUGGCGAUCAGGAAACCUUCGGGGCUUGCUCUGAUGUAUCCAUUACACCAGUAAAGCAUACUGACGUGGAGUCGAAGCCCAUGGAGCUAGCGUUCGCAGGAUUGUACAAGCUGUUGCAAAAAUCAAAUGUGGCGCCUUACAUCACUAAACCUAAACGAAAACAUCCAUUCAGGAAGAAAAACCACCGAAAGCCAAGAUCGAAGAGUAAAUCAAAGAAAAGAAAAAAGGCCAAAAGAAACGAUGCCUGGCUAUCGCACUGGUUAUAAAAAGUUGAACCACGCGAAUUUACGAUGUUAUGUCCCACGAACUAUCAAUAAAGAAUACUCAUACCAAAUGGAAAAUGAAUAAUUUUAAUAUUUAAUAAC